UACGAAGUUGUUUUCUUUAUUAAUGUAAACAAAAUAAAUGUCCAAGGAGGUUGUAAUAGUAGACGCGCGCAUGUAACGGAUAAUGACUUAUGAAUAAACCAUUAACGAGUUUCAACUACUACGCCUGCGCACUCUGAAAGGAAUAUCAAGCCGCCCCUCUUCCCCGCCAACUUGCACCGCAGGGUCGCACGGACGGGCUCAUAACAGUCCCUGAGUUGAUUUAUUUCGCAAAUUUAAUGCUCUCUGACACAACAUGAAGAUCCCGCAUCGCGUAGAAAACGGUUUUAACACUGAAAUCUCUUCUAGAUCCACCUCUCCUGCUACCGUCUCUUCGCCUCUUCAUACCUCCCUUGCGCCUGGUGUCUGCAGCCAUGUGUCACAUCGUGCAGAGGGGGAUUGUUCAUGAUUAUGGGAUGGUGGAGGACUUCAUCAGCACUGUCACAGAAAUUGUGCCUGAACUUUUAAAUGCAGAUCAAAAGGCUCAGCUCCUCCUGGGACUCAGAGCACGGAUGGUUCUUGAGUUGUGCCGACCUGAGCAGAUCACAGACACAGAAUCCAUUGAGAUGCACCUGGACCGGAUCAAAGCCCUCGUAUCCACAUGGGCAGCUCAGCCGUAUUUUGCAGAUGUUGAGUUUCCAGAGACAAACUUUGUGGAUCAGGUUGAGCUUUUGUUAAAGAACCCCGAAGAGAAGGAAAAGUUUUUCCAGGAUGUUUUUCCUACAGAUUUUGGGCCUGAAUAUGACAACGCUCUGCAGGUGCUGAUGCUGGAUUUCCUGUCCAGACUGGAGAAGCUUCUACCUGUACCAGACAUUCAGCAGACUGCAUCCAUGUUCAGCAUCAUCCCAGCUGCCCUGGAGGAGUGUGCACACUUGGUUCCUGAUCCACAGCACCUUAAAACUGUACUCCAGUACCACACAACACUCGGGCAUUUUGAUAUGUCCGAUGAAACUCAGACCAUUCCAUCCUCCUUCGGGAACUGCAUCCUCUCUUCAUUGUCUCUUCCUCAGCUGGAGAAGGUGGUGAUCCAUCCAGACCAAAUGCAGUUACAGUCUUCAGCCGAGCAGAUGCAAGGCUGUGAGUCUGUGAAAAUGGAUGGCGAAAUUGUGACACUCUUGGACUACACACAGAUAGAGCAGCCGUCCUGUCUGGUUGAUCCUGAAGGUCACGAAGAAACUGACACAAAUAUGGAUGAAACAUCUGGAGAAGCGACACAUGAGGAUUUGGGUGAUGCCUUAAAACCUGCAGCUUUUCAGCCACUAAAGCAAAGCAAGAGGCUCCAACUGAAGAGAAAUGCUUCAAAGGAAAAGAGUGACUCUGCAACUUUGAAGAGGCAACGAAAAAAGUACUCCAGCAAUAAAACAUGUCCUGUGUGCAAUAAGACCUUCCUACGAGCUGCAGCCAUGAGGCGGCACCAAGAGAUUCACGACACAAACCGGGACCUCAAGUAUAAGUGCAGCAGCUGUGACAAACGAUUCAGAGACAAUUAUGACUUGAUCCGACACACCAUGCGUGUUCACAAAAAAGGAGAGAUGAGCAAAAGCGUCAAAGACGACGAUUCAGUGGAUCCCAGCACAUCUGAAACGUUAGAAAAUAAAAACUGUUAUCUGUGUGGGAAGUAUUUUGCUCGGCAAGUCGACAUGGAGCGACACAUGAAGUCCCAUUCAGAGGACCGCCCCUACAAGUGUUCAUUCUGCGAGAAGAAAUUCAAAAAUCCUUACGUUUUAAAGAGACAUGAGAAGGAGAUUUGUAAAAGCAGGGAUCAAAAAAGGCCCAAGAGGAAAGAAGCGCCACUUUCAAACCCUCAACCUCCUCCAGAGGUGUCAGUAGAAGGUAAAAUCUGUCCCAUCUGCAGAAGGGUUCUUCCCUGUACUGCAGACCUUGCAAAACAUUUGCGAUCUCACUCCGAAGAGCGUCCCUUUAUCUGUGUCACAUGUGAGAAAGGCUUCAAGUAUAAGCACACAUUAAAGAAGCAUCAGAGCAUUCAUGGUCAUGAGGGCAUCAGGGAGGAGCAAAGCAAGACUCUGGAGGAGAUUCUGGCUGAUGUUGAUGCUCAGAACUGUGGUGACGGUGCUGGACAAGAGGUAAAGGAAAGUAACUCAGAAGCACCUGCAGCCACUUCUGAGGAAAACCUGUCUGCACCUGCUUUAAAUGUCACAAAAAAGGCCCUGAAGGUGUGUCCAGUCUGUCGCAAGGUGUUUGACAGCAUCAAAACACUGAACAGGCAUGUACAGUGCCACACAGAUGACCGGCCGUAUCACUGCAUCCACUGUAACAAGCAUUUUAAGCACAUGCACGGCCUGAAAAAGCACCAGAUUUAUGCAGUUUGUCACAAGAAAAAUGGCCCUUUCUUUUUGAAAAGAGAGACAAGAGCAGGGCCCAGUCAGAGCGAAGCGAACGACACCGAAUACCAACAGGUGAAGAUCCCCGUGUGGUGCUCGAACUGCGGGAAACACUUCGAGUACCCGUCAGCCUUGAAGGAGCACCAAGAGAAUGUUUGUAAAGUAGAAUUAAGGGAUGUCAUGAAAUGCAACGACUGCGGGAAAGAAUUCAAGACCAUGACGAUGCUCAAAGUGCACCAGAGGAUUCACGAUCCGCUGUACUGCAAGGAGUGCGGGAAGAUUCUCGCAAAUGAGCCGGCUUUCGAGAGGCACAAGCUGAUGCACCGGCCGAUGCAGUGCACGAUGUGCGACAAGACUUUCACCUUGUUAAGACGCUUGAGGGAGCAUUAUGAGAAGCAGCACAACUUCACCGGCCCUUUUCCUUGUCCUCAGUGUGAUAAAACCUUCGUCCAGCUGUCCUACCUCGCCAUCCACCAGAGAAUCCACAAAGGAGAGUUUCCUUAUGUUUGUGACAUGUGCCCAGAGAAGUUCAGGUCCUCCAACUGUUUGACGGUUCAUCAGCGGAAACACACCGGGGAGAAGCCCUUCCUGUGCUGGCAGUGUGGAAAGUGCUACCGCUCGGCCUCUGAGCUCGCGGUCCACAUGGGAACCCACUCAGAAGAGAGACCGUGGGCCUGCACGCAUUGCGACAUGGCUUACCGCACCAAGCUGCAGCUCACAAAUCACGUGGAGCAGAUCCACAUCGGGGUCAGAUAUCCGUGCAACACCUGCGGGAAACAAUUCAUGAAGGAACCGUCGCUGAAGAGGCACGAACUCAUCCACACGGGCGAGAGGCCUCACCAGUGCACAGUGUGUGGUAAGACUUUCCUCACCGCCAACGAACUCCGGCGUCACAACAGAUACCACACCGGAGAGCGGCCGUACAAGUGCGAGGUGUGCGGCAAAGCCUUCAUCCUGUCGGGUUACUUGAAGUCGCAUGUGCGUAUCCACACAGGUGAGAAGCCAUUUAAAUGUGACAUAUGCGACAAAGGCUUCAGGUUGUCAAAUCACCUGAAGAAACACAGGCGGACUCAUGCCGGGAAGCCAAAGAGCCACACAUGUGAGGAGUGUGGCUUGGCAUUCCUCCAGAAGAAAGCCCUCUGGGAACACUCACAAACUCAUAACGUGAAAAUCAAAUCGUCUUUUACGGAUGCAGUUAAAGUAGAGUUUCAGUAGAAAGCUCUGUUUGUUUGUGGGGUGUACUACAAAGUAAAAAAUUGUCUCAGUUUGGUAUGUUAAGUUUUGAGGCCCUCCCACCUUCGGCCUAUGCAGCAACGGCGACCUUCCUGCCACGGCACUCUCACCUGGGGUGUGUAGCAAUAUAUGUUUAAAGCUUCUGCCACAGUGAAAACAUUUCAGUUUGUGUGAAUGUCAUAAUCUCGUUGAAAUCAUGAGAGUGAGUGACAUCUGACGGUCUAGGAAUUAUCUUCUGCAUGUCAUUUAGGCUUCAAAAUAAGAAACCUCAUUUUAGCAGGGCAUGGGACUGGUGUGGUGACAAAAUUAGGACAUCUAGAUGUGGUCAGGAUUUCAGUCAUAUUUGAACCACAGAUGAAGGGAACAUUUGAUUAGGCUUGUACAGGUAAAUCAGGGUGAAAUAUACGGGGCUUCUUGGUGGCAGUGGACAGGGCUAUGGCAAUUAGAGAAUAUUGACAUUUCAGCCUGACUCUUUUAUAUUGACUGACAGUGAUUUCCAGCUUAUUGUAUUUGUGCUUUUAUUUUGACAUGUAAUUCCCUGCUCUGCCACAGCAUUGUGUAUAAUUUGACCAACAAAACCAGUCAUGCCAUGUUUGGUGAAGUUCAAUGGGUACAAGGACUUCCUAUUUCAUGGUGUUGAACCAAAAUUAGCCAUGGAUACGUUUGCCAAAACUUUGAGAAACUUAUGUUUUGUACUGUGGUAUCAUGAAAGGGUGGAGAUCCACUUUCAAGUGUAUGGGUUAAUUAUUGAGAAGGACCCCACAGUGUGAAAAAAAGAAUCACUUGCUGUUGUAAGUGGGCGGGGCAAAGUAUUUAAUGACACCAGUCAAAAGGCACAGUUUUCACUGAAAACGAUCAUUAACUUGUUUACUGUUUACAGAACUUUUUUUUUUUUGAAAGAUUUUUGUGUCAAAGAUCUGAAUUAUAUUCCUUGUUAGUAAAAGAGAAAUUUUAUUCAGGCCCUUAAAAACAACUCAUUUACCAGAAGAAUAAAGACGGAGAAUAAUAAACACUUUCUUUCAAUAAGCCUUUGUACUGCUUAAUGUUGCCAUGGGAACCAUGCAUUUCAUCUCUUUUUACUGAUGAUUCAUUUCUACUCAGCCAAUAAUUAAUAAAAAAAAGUGGUGUGGAAAUUAAUUUUGUCACAAGCAAAAUUAUUCACACAUUCAAUUAAAUUAGGAAAUUAAAGGCAGAGAGGGUUGAAUAGUGCAGCUGGUGACCUUGUUAAGUUUUGCACAACCCUGUUAAUGACUCAUUACAGUCAGGUGUGUUGCAACAGGGAAGCAUUUAAAACCUGCAGGGCCAUGUCCGUUGAGGACUAGCGCUGGUGAUGAAUGCAAUAGAGCAGUUUUGGGAUGUGAUGGAACAGGAGAUUCUCAUUGUGGAUGUGCAGCCGACAAAGCCAGUGAAAUGAGUGCAGAUCAAGUUUCAGUUUGUUAUCAAUCUUUUUUGAAUCAGUUGGAAAGGAACAACAAAAGCCAAAACGUCUCAUUUAAACACCUGCUGUGACUUGUCUGAACUAAUCAGGUUAAUCAUCAACAGAUGGGUAACAAGGCGUAGCAUAAAAGGCUCUUCCAAAGCGAUGUAGUCUUUGGGAAGCAGAGACAGGAGGAGUAACAUUCCUAAGGGCUGCGAGGCAACAGCAGAAAAA